ACAGUGCGCAGUUUCACUUUCACACUCACGAGAGCGGUUUGGUGGUUUUUGGGUACCUCACCGUGGCAAAAGAAACUUUGGAACUUAUAUCAGCAACAGUUUAAAGAUGGACACAGUAGGAAUGGUUAUUGAAGUCAGUGGGCUCCCAGACAUUGAACCAAACAAUAGCAUGAUUGACAGAAUAACCAUGCACUUUCUGAAGCGCAGUAACAUGGGUGCAGAUGUUUUAACAGUGAUUUAUCCCACUUCCACCAAAGGCCAGGCUUAUGUAGUAUUUGAAUCGGCAGAAGUACCUGGAGUUUUGGAGCACAGUCAUCUUUUGGAAGCGGAAAGUCGGUUUUACCCACUGGAAGUUAAAAGAGUGCAUCAGCCUCAGUUGGACAUGUCAGCCGAAGCAUUCCUCGAUGCAAAUCUGUUCUCUAGUCAGAGAGAAAUCCUAAAUCUUCUUGAUAACUAUGGCUUUAAGGUGUCAGAGACCAGGUCAGGGCAGCUGCAUUUGCAGGGCUCCUUUUUAAAGCUAAAACUCAUCCGCUCCAAACUCAUGCAGCUUCUGGCUCAAGAAACCCAUCUUCAGAGAACAACACCUUCCCCUUACACUAAUGGCUACUCUAAAGGCUCUGAAUCCAAAUAUUGCCCCAAUGACUAUGAAUCCAUACCUAAAUCCACAUCGAGGUACAACCACACCAAUGGCAACUCCGUGUAUGUUGGGGCCAGUAGCCCAUCUACAGUAAUAACCUCAAGAUCCCCAGAGUCCCCAAGCUUCCGGACGGUCUCUCCUCUUGCUGGAAGCUCAAGCUCAGAAGGUUCCUUUAGCAGUCCCUCCAGAUUGUAUGAGGAUUCCAACACAAGCUGGAAGACCCCUUCUCCCAGGCAAACUGAGGUUUCCUUCCCUGUUGAACCAGAUGUGUUUAAAUACACAAUGCGCUUUGAAAAAGAGUUUAUUAAUAAAAUUGAAUUGGAAUAUAGCACUCGUAUUAAUGUUGAGGAAGAUUCAGGAGUUUUUACUGUUAAAAUCUUGGGAGGGGCCUUUGACGAAGCAGCUAAAAAACUGUCUUACUUCAUGCAGGACAUCACCUCAUCUCUACGAACACAACAAAUAGACCUGAAUAAACUUAACGACAGUCAGCAGAGACUAAUUACUCAUAACAUUUACAUGUUCCAAGACAUCUACAAAGUUUUGAUUUGGCAGGAUGGGCAUGUUAUUAAAGUGGUGGGAUCAUCAAAAGAGAGCUAUGAAGUGAAGCAAAGGCUUCUUGGAGGUGAGGUUGACAAUCCUGUGCCAAGCCAGUUGGUGAGGAACGCGCAUUUGCGACGCAGCAACUCUUUGCCAAGACAAACAACAAGGACUAGAAUGGAGGACGAUAGACCAAAUCCUGACAUUGUGCUUCAAGCUACUACUUUUAGUAGCUCCUCUCCCUCACAUUACCCGAGAGACUCUCAGUCUGGGCGAGACUUACAACAGGACAGAGGUCGUCAGCCCUCUAAACCCACUGCUGAACGCGGCAGGCGACGUAGCACCUCUGAGUCCCGACAUAAAAAUAAAAAGACAGUAGACAGAUCUCUCCCAAAUGAUGAUCAGCAGGAUUUGAUAACCCCUAGUGGAGUUAAGACAUUUAAACAAAAGCCAGUACCUAAAUUUCUUUCUUUUUUUCAGAACCCUGGUGAUAUCAAAUCCAAAUUGCGCAAAAAUCAAAAGUCACAAAUUUCCAGCGUAUGAAAUGACUGAAUCCUGUAAAUCAAUAAUUCAUAAUUUGACACAUCACCAUCAAUAUCUCCUUUAUUGUAAAACACACUUAUAAUUGGGGUUUGCAGCUUUUUUAGAACUAAAUUGGUCAGACACCUUAUAAUAUGUGUGCUUGACUCUACUGUACAUUAAGAGAGGGACGAGCCUGAUCUUAACUGACGAUUUCAUUAUAUUCACAACUGUUAUUUAAAUAGUACACGUUUGAAAGCACUUUGCAAUCAUUUCUGUGAUUGUUUCACAGUUUAAUAUAUGUAUAAAUCAGUAAAUCAUAAUGUGUGGUGCGAGAGUUCUUGAAUAGCGUAUUUUGUGCGAGUAAGGGCAGCCGGGGGAGUUACCGGUGCCCCCUAUAAAGAUGGUGCCUUCCUAGGGAGUUGGUGCACUGACUGCGUAAUAUGCAGUACUGCCUUCAUUGUUGAUUUGUAAAGACUCUCUCAUUACCAUGGAGACAGGACUCAAUGAGGAAGUGCCUUUUUCUGCAUAUUACAGGAAGUGAGGCAGGCCCUGUGGUUAACUUAGACCUGAGCAUCUCCCUGUGUAAAAACGAAUGAAACAAGCUUAACACGUUUAUAAGGUUAGAAUGAGAUAAAUACAUUGAUGUGUAGCGUGCAAUUGUUUUUUCUUUAUAAUCUGACACUGUAUAUUACUAUUUGUGUUAAUUGAGAAUAUGUAAUUUCCAAUAUUUCUGUAAGAUUCAGCUUUAUGUAGUGGAACCCUGAAAAAAAAAAAAAAAAAGGUUUUUACCUGUGGUUUGAUUUCGUCACUAUAAUUCAUCUUUUACCUUGACAAAACAUUAUUUUCAGCCAUUUUGAAUGAUUAUUUUUAGGCAUUACUCUAAUGUGGACAACUUGGGACUCAAAUUGCAUCUCAUUGCUCAGAACAGAAAACGAAUGUUAAAUCAAACGGAGUACAACGAUGCAAAACAAAAGGGCAACAACACUACAAUAAAAUUAAAAACACUGCAAACAUGAACUAAACAACCAACUGCAACUGUCACCUAACAAUAAUAUAAAUUGUAGAACUAUUUAACUUCUGGCAACAGCUACAUUUUGAAGGAUCACACUGUUUUUUCAGGUCUUUUCUUGAUAAACUUCACAUUUUUACAUUCAAUUACAGUAGCAGUCUCUUUUAUUCAGAGUGACUUAUUAGUGAGGAAUAUUACAAUCCAAGAGAUCAUAAAGACAAAAGCAUUGUAUAUGUUCCAACAAAAAGUUCCAAAAAUAACCAAGAGUAAAGCUAAUGAGUAUACUUACAGUACAUAUACAGAUCUACUGAUUUUUCAGCCAUAUCAUUGAAAAAUCCACACCCUUUAAUUACAGGUGGGUAAAUUCACAGCUUUAGUCCCCACCCACAUCUUUAUCUAAUGUGUUUUAUUCAUCUGAAAAUUUGAGUUGAGUAUCAAUACAUAUUUCCCAAUUCGAUUUUGAUUAAUUUGGGUAUUUUUCAUAUAUCUCUCAGCUAAUUUUGUGAAUUAUAAAGGGGACCUUCUAACUAGGUACACUAUGAAAAAAUAAAUGUUACAAAUUAUAUUUUAAUUGUUUUUCAUCAAUUUGGUCACAUUUUAGCUUUCAAGAAAAUGAUCAAAUACAUUUAUUUAAUCAAUAAAUAUUAUAUAGAAUAUAUUUUUUACAAGAUAAAAUAUUAUGUACAUUUUACAAGUAUUUACAUUGAUUUGUUGAAGCUGCUUUAAAAACCGGUACUGUCUCUUUAAAGAAAGACAGCGUCUUUAAAUGAGCACAUGUUUACGAGAGAGACUCGAAUGGCAUGCUAUGCCUGAUUACGGUUAAAUGUUUAUUACUGACAGUAAAGGACAGAAAGAGUAAAGAGACAUUAUUCAAUGGCAAAUGGGUUGUGUGGAUCUCGUCUUUGGACUCACAUUACACGGAACAAAUUUUACUCACAAGUAUCUCGCUGUACUACUAUACUGCACAGUUACUGUUGAGGGAAAUCUGAAAAUUGACCGGCCAGUUGCUAAAUAAAAAGAAAUGUAGUCGUAUAGUGUGAUUUUUGGUUACAAAUGCAAAUGAUUUCCUCUCAUUUUAGUGGAGGGUUGCGCAUAAGAGUAAAAGAUCGAUCCACGGCUUUUGAGAAUCGAUUUAGUAUCAACUAAAUUUGACAAAAAACAAUUAAUCAAAAAUGAAUUAAUGUAAUAUUUUUGUUCCCAGCCCUACAAAUAACUGUCCAGUACCUGGUUUGGGAGAACAUAGUCUGUAAUAGUUAUGUACUGUGAAAUCUGACUCAUCGCAGCUCAUUCUUUGAUUUUCACAAGCUGAUUUCCACACUGUUGUAAUUGCACAAACAUAAAUGUAAAGGUGUAACUCAGCGUCAUCUCAAGUAUUUUUACAUGUUGUCCCUCUCCAUGUAGAAUUAAACAGCUUUUAUAAGGUUACUGAUAUGACUGGAGUCUUCAUUUUAAUGUGAGUGCUCAUGAUUUCCUACAUAUAUUGCAAAAUUACAAUUCAUGUCUUUAUGAGUUAAACGUUUUUA